AUGCUUUACCAGGUUAACUACCAGCAGGCAUCACCUGUAAAGACCGCGGUGUCCUUAAAGAGCGUGGCGGAAAAAGUCAUUGGCUUUUUUAAUUCCCAGAUUUCAACUAUCUUUGAUAUAAACGAUGUUUCUAUCAAACUAAAUGUCCCCAAGCGUAGAUUAUACGAUGUUCUCAACAUUAUGGCACCACUAGGCUUAGUUGGUCGUAAUGGAAGAGGAAGGUACAUAUGGACCGGACAACUUCAACCGGUUUUCAAUUUCACUACAAAAGACGAAAAUACAGACAAGUCUCGAGUCAGAGAUAUAUCUGCCAAACUUCUACUCUUUGUAAAAGAUGUCGAAGUCAAUAAAGUUUCUAUAGCCUCUAUUUGUGACGCCGUUUUCGAAGACAAGAAAGGGCAAUUACGCAGAUUAUAUGAUAUUUCGGCAGUCUUCGAAGUCCUAAACCUUAUCAAAAGACAGCCAAAAUCAGGAGAUUUCAUAAUACUUCCUUUACUCAAAAACAUGUUCAUGUUCAAGAUGCUACCCCCGAAGAAGAGGGCAGCCCUUGGUCAAAUUACAAAUCGCAAUGAUAAUCCUGAUAUCAAGACAACACCCUCUAAUAUAUCUCCGUGCCCUACAUUACCUCAGCCUACAAAUGGUCAGCUAUGGCUUGGCGCCACAACUUUCCAUUAA